CCUCAAUUCUAAGGAAGAUAAAGGAUUUCUGCUAUGGUUUCGACUCUUCUUAAUUCUCUCCCGAGAGAGAUACGGGACCAGAUCCUACUUUACGUCUUGGCAUCACCGACGGGUUAUAUUUCACUCAUUGAAGCCGAUACUGAUGACUGGCCGUGGCGACAUCUUAAAGAGCCUCUGAAUAUUGUGCCUACCAGCUCAGAAGGAACUAUCUUCUAUGAUGCAACAAUCAAGUUGUCGGUGCUUCGGGUUUGUAAACAAAUAUACCACGAAUCUAAGCACGUCCUGUGGAAGCAUAAUGUUCUCCGACUGCAAAGACCAGAAGAUCUGGCAACUUUCACAAUCUGGGAUAGCUUAUCACAUCAGCUGAGCUGCCAACUACGCAGUAUUGAGCUUCAAUUCGACCUGUUUGUUCCAAGGAAAUUCUUUUCCACGAAAAAAGCCCUUCAAACCAUGGUUGAAUGGUCCCGGACAGGAGCACUAAAGAAUUUCACUUUGGUGUUCACCAAGCGCGUCAACCGAAGGACUGGGCAUGAUGAAUCGUUUCAGGAAGUGCUAGGAAGAUGGAGAGGAUUACCUGUAUGGGGCGCUACGCCACCACCAUCCAUAAGUGACUGUGAAAAGUACAUGGCCAUGUUGAGAACUCUCGGUUCAAUCGACAAAGGCUUUGCACCAGGCGUUCGGAAGAAAUUGAUCCUUGAUACAGGCUUAUCGACACGGAGCCCAUUGGAGAAGCUUAUGUGGCUACGAAGAUGGACUCCAUUGCAUCCGAACUGGUUUGCAGAAGAGCUGAAUCAUGCCGUUGGUGGCGAUUUGUACAUGGACGGGAUAUUGUGUUACAAGGAUGGGGUGAAAUUCGAAGAUGUUUUUGACAUGAGCAGACUGCCCCAGUUUCUGCAAGCUAUUGCAACAGAAAAGAGUUUCCAAACUUGAUUGCGGCCAGUCUACCAGGAAUGUUUGGAGGUCAUAGCACGCUUCGACGAAGUUUUCUACCGGCAGACUUCGGGACCAAGAUCUAGAUUACAGCUUCAACGCUUAGCGGAUAUGAGAUGUUGGAUAGUAGAAUAAUGGGAUUUCUUUUACCAUAGAGUAAACUUGUGAUUUUCGAGGUCAGAGUUUACAAUUUAAAGAUGUUUGUCUCGACGUGUUUUAGUUUGA